AUGCCAGCCGCCAAGAAGGAUGCUGUCUUUGCACUUCGGAUCAUCAGCUGCGACUACUUUCAAGCACCCGUGAGGCCUGGAGUAGAUGAAGAGGACGGUGAAUUUGGUAGAAUCACAAGAGCUCCUAUUGUAAGGUUGUAUGGCAGUACUCCACUCGGCCAGAAAGCUUGUGUAUUUCUUCAUCGCCUGUAUCCAUACCUGCUAGUAAAUUACUCGCACCCGAUCGAUGAGUUAGAAGCAUUCAAAACUCAGCUGGGUCACUCCAUAAAUGUCUGUAUGAAUGCCCUUCAACAAUCACCACGCCCACAAACGCAUGUUAGAGCUAUUGUACCAGUGAAGGCAAUUCCAUUUUAUGGAUUUCACAGUGGCUACUCCUACUUUCUCAAGAUCUAUGUCGUCAACCCGGGGCUUGUCACGCCCAUGGUCGAGAUUUUAGAGAAGGGUGCUGUCAUGAACGAAAAGUUUCUAGUUUACGAGGCACAUAUUCGAUUUAUCCAACAGCUUUUUAUCGAUUACAAUCUGUUUGGAAACGUUUUUUUGUUGUUAUCUGAUGCGCGGUUUCGUGAACCUCUUCCUGAUGUUGAUACACAUCCAGCUAGUGCCCCGUCGUCUCCAAACCCGCUAUUGCCCAAUAUCUUUUAUACAAACGCCACAACCGAACGAAAACUUGUAUGGCCGACAAGCGCAGACGUCCCAAAGCUGACUUUUUGUGAGCUGGAAGUCGAUGCCUGGCCUAUGGACAUAUUGAAUCGAGCUACUCUACAGGAACGUCCAACUCAAGCUCUAGUAGACUUGCAAAAUGGAAGCACUCCUCUUAUUACACAACUUGUCCCGUCUUUGGGUGUGUUGUGGGAAGAUGAGAUGCGACGACGGCAUGCAGCUGGACUGCAAACUCAAAUACAAACGCCAGCAAGCCAGAAAGGUGCUAGAGAUCCUCAAAUACCGUGGAAGAAGAGAAUGGAUGGAGAUUUAGCUAAACUAGAUAGGUUACUCGAAGAACGCAGUGUACAACCUGACCGUAAUUUCCCUGUAUUUAAUGAGAAGGAUGGAAUCAAGACCUUGUUUAUGAGUGUCUCGGCACUCUACGACUCCAAAGCUGUAUCCUCAAACUCAAUUCGCGUGAAUGUGACCCAGCAUGUAGUUGACACCAGUGUAGUAGAUGAGCUUUUAGCAUCGAGAGAUCGUAAAUCGCAAGUCACUUCAAAAGCAGCCUCACAACAAACUCCCAAAGGAGAAAUAGGAUCAUCGUCACAAGCCGAAAUGGCCAGUAUCCUUGAAUCGUUGCGCAAUUUGGAAGAGUCUGAAGUACAACCUGAUGACGACGAGGUUGUCGAUUCGAGGCUGGACGAAGACGAGGAGGAAGAAGAAAUAUUGGACAAUGCUCCAGAUGUCCUCUCCGAAUCUGACGACGAUCAAGAACUGUCGAGUGAAGCAGAUUACUCUUCAGCAGUAGAAGAAAUUAAUAAUGAAGAGGUUAUGCAUGAGAGUGAUGCUGACCAAACUGGCACUAGUGAUGUUGAAGAGGACGAAGGUGAGAAGUCUCAUGAUGAUGAUGAUGGUGGAAUAUCUGCAGCUAAAUCCCCCGAGGGUGUCAAGCCACCACCGAUAAGUCGUCAAAACGCGACAGGACUUCGAUUUCCGCUGAGUAGUACUUCUCCAUUUAAAACACGCCUCGAUACAUCAAAGUUUACAUCGCCACCCAGGUCUAUACCAAUUGAUGGGCCUGUGUUUGGUCAGAAAACUUCAUUAAGUUCUCCGGUGAGAAGACCUCAAGUCGUUCCUCCACCAAUACUCGACCGUGAAGACGAAAUCGUUGAGGAUUUUGAAGAAGAGGAAGAAGUCGUCGACCAUAGCGAAAGAUACAAUGAUAAUCUAGAGGCCACGGACGACAUUGUAGAAGAAGAUGACGAGGAAAUGACCUCGCCAUCUGCUAGUAAUAGAAUCCCACAGUACGAUGGUGCCAAUGACGACGAUGAAGAGAUUGCAAGAACUCUUUCUACGAAGAAGAGGCGACAUGAGGAUUCUGAUCAACCACGUGAUCAACCACCUGCACCGGCGGUCCUCAGUUCAGCGCUUAUUGCUCGAACCAUCUUCGACUCGAGACCUCCAGCUCCAACCAUUUUUAACUCGACGUCUAUUGAUCAACUAUGGUCACCCACGAAGCCGGCUCCUGAACAAAAAUGGUCAUUUUAUCACUCUCCUCCUUCCGUAACCUCUCCUUCACGUCAUGGUGUCUACCGUCUUAAUGAAGCACCGACUGCCGAAGAAGCAAUCAGUACCAUGAAAGCCUUUGGAUUACAAGCACAGCUACAUCAAAUCCCGUAUUACUCCAAUCCGAAAGAUGUACCACAACAUGCUUUGGAGUAUGCCAAUACUCGUCGAGUGCUAAAGUCAAAUCAAGUUUCGGAUCUGCCAAAGUUUAAUCCACGAAUCGGCUUUGAUGAGACUCCGGCUCCAAUCUCUCGUAUAGAGUAUUAUAAAAAUGCAGUAGGUGGUGGUACGCUUCGAGAAUUCAGGAAUGUGUGGGGCCCUGCCAAACCACCUCCUUCUUAUGUUGAAGCUGCGAAUUGGAUUCACAUGCAUUCAAAUGGCACAGUAGAACAACUCUUAGAACAUGAAAAUGCAGUCCUCGAUUCUGGUGCUCCACUACCUGCUUUGAUGAGGGAGAAAGAAGAUGAUGAUCCAGUGUCAACAACCACUAGAGGAGCACCUUCUCAGAUUGAUGGUCCAACACCUGCUAACAAAUACGGCUUCAAGUUCAAUACCUCUAAAUCAGACAGCAUCAAGAGAGAACGAGAAUAUUUGCGCGUGAUAUCCUUGGAAGUCUUUGGUUCUUGCUUAUUGACAGCUACGAGUCGAGGUGAUUUGCUUCCAGAUCCGAAACAAGAUCCAAUCGUCGCUAUCUUCUAUUGUCUGUACAGUGAAGAUGACCACCGAUAUGUAACGAAUGGUCACAAAGAAGGAUAUCAUGUUGGUAUCAUAACUGUCAAGGACGAACAUCCACUGUACAAGACAGCAAUAUCAGAUUGCAACAUUAUGCAAGUAGAUAACGAACGAGCCAUAAUUGAAGGUUUGAUCAAAUUAGUCAGAGACUUUGAUCCAGAUAUAUUGAGCGGACACGAAAUUCACAAUGCAUCAUGGGGUUAUGUUACUGACAGAGCAGCGGUUUUUGAAAUCGAUCUUCUUCCGCAGUUAUCUCGACUGAUAAAAGAUUCUGCGACCCCUCGCAACCCAUCAAAGAAGACUGAAUGGGCUUUUCGUCAGAAUUCCAUCGCUGAAGCUUCUGGUAGAAUGUUUUUGAAUGUGUGGAGACUGAUGAGAGGAGAGUUCAACCUCACGAGCUAUUCUCUACCGACUCUUGUCUUUCAUGUACUUCAUUCUCGUAUACCUGUAUUUAAAACUCGAACGUUGACUCAAUGGUGGCAAGGAACUGCUACGUGGAAAGGCGGGAGGUUACCAGUAAUGCUGACAAGGUGGAGAACUGUUGACUAUUUUCUGAACCGAGUGCAGUACCCACUUGAGAUUCUGGAGGCCACAGAUUUCAUACGAAGGACAAGUGAAUAUGCGAGAAUCUUUGGAAUGCCAUUCUACUCUGUGCUCACUCGUGGCUCACAAUUUCGUGUUGAAGCAAUCAUGAGUCGCAUUACACGUCCAGAGAAUCUGAUUUUGCUCUCUCCCAGCUAUGAGCAAGUGCGUCAACAAAGAGCUCUAGAAUGUACACCUCUUGUCAUGGAGCCACGAUCAGGCUUCUACCCUGAUCCAUUAUUGGUUUUGGACUUCCAAUCGCUUUAUCCGUCGGUUAUGAUUGCUUACAAUUAUUGUUACUCGACUUGUAUUGGUCGUGUUCCGUGUAUUGGAAAGAAGGAGCGUCUCGGUGUCUUGGACAAGUUUGAAGUGCCUCUAGAAACAGUCGCCGCUUUGCGAGAGCAUCUGAUUGCGGAGCGGUAUCUUACCGGAUGUGCUUACAAUUCACCAUCAGUUGCACCGAAUGGAUUGGUCUUUGUCAAAGCACACAUUCGCCAAAGUGUUCUUGCUAGAAUGUUGACAGAGAUUUUGGAUACUCGAGUCAUGGUGAAGGCUGCAAUGAAAACUUACAAGGAUAAUAAGGAUUUGCUCAAGACUUUGGAAUCUCGACAGUUGGCUCUGAAACUGAUUGCAAAUGUUACUUAUGGCUACACAGGAGCUUCAGCUACUGGUCGAAUGCCUUGUGCAGAGAUUGCCGAUGCCAUCGUGCAAACAGGACGCGAUACUCUUGAACGAUGUAUCAGUAAAAUCAACGGUAGUCCACAAAGAUGGGGAGCCAAAGUCCAAUAUGGAGAUACUGACUCGUUGUUUGUGGUGCUGGAAGGCUGUCUCCGAUCCAAAGCAUUUGAUAUUGCAAAGGAUAUUGUUACUGCCAUGACGGACGAGAAUCCUCAUCCCGUAAAGCUUAAGUUUGAGAAGGUGUAUCAUCCAUGCUUUUUAUAUGCCAAGAAGAAAUAUGUUGGAGCUUCAUUCGAGAACCCUGAACAAGAAGAUUUUAUAUUUGAUGCAAAAGGAAUCGAGACAGUGAGACGUGAUCAAUUUCCCGCAGUGGCCAAGAUUUUAGAGCGUGCGCUCAAAAUCAUGUUUCGAACUGCUGAUUUAUCAGCCGUAAAAGAAUUUAUCAUCAACCAGAUUGUGAAAUUGGAGAGCGGCAAAGUGUCGUUGAUUGACUUCCUGAUUUCCAGUGAAGUUAGACUUGGAAGUUAUAGGGCCAAGACACUACCCGCAGGUGCUGAAUUGGCCAAGCGGGAGCUCCAACUUGAUCCCAGAGCUCAACCACAAUUCGCUGAACGAAAGCCAUUUGUGUUGGCAGCCGCAGCGGAUAAGAAGACCGCCAUUGCAACAUUGAGUGUAGCUCCUGAACUUGCCGCAGCUAACCUGGGAUUUCAAUUGAACAAGAGCAAGUAUCAAGAAAAGAUACGCAAACCUAUAGAACGAUUGUUCAACCUAGUUGGAGCUGAUGUCAAGGCGUGGUUUCGAGAAGUGCCAAAAGUAGACAGAGCUAUUGUCUACGUGUGUGAAUCGACCAAUUUCAACAGGAAGAACAAUACCAUUGAUGGCUAUUAUACAUCAAAUAGUUGUCCAGUUUGUCAUCGUGCUACCAAAAAGGCUGGAUCAAUAUGUGAAGAAUGUCGUAGCAAACCAGCUCAAACCAAUGCGAGUGUCAUGCAUCGUUUAUCAGCAAGUGAAAUUAAACAUACGGAUAUAAUGAGAAUAUGUCGAGACUGUAGUGGGUUUGCUAACAGUCUUGACUCUGAUAUUCCAUGUUGGUCUGUUGAAUGUCCAAUCAUGUAUGAACGAGUCAAGGUUCGGAAAGUCGUUGAGUCGAAUCAGCACUUGCAGCUUAAGUGGCAAGAGUGUUUGAAGAAUCUGGAAUGGUGA